UCGGUGAACGGCGCGCCGUUCGACUCGGUGUGAGGGUCGGCCGCCAUUGGUGAGACGGCCAUGGCGGAAGGGACUAAGUAUGAUGAGAGUGAUGAGCAGGUGAGGCUCGGGCGGCACGGCAGCGACGGUGGCGACGACGACGACGAAGGCGGCGACGACGACGACGCUGAUGAUGACGAUGACGAUAUAGGCGGAGAGGACGGAGAGGGCGGAGGCGGAGAGGACGAUAGGAGAUCGGUGCGUCUCUGUUCUGAACGCGAGACGCUCAUUUUGUUGGUCAUAGGGGGCGAGGGCGGGUGGUGGUCGUCGGUCCAAGCACUCAACCCGGGCGCGGCGAUGCUCGGGCUGGACGAGAUGUUGAUCCGGCCGCAGAUCGACGCGAGCGCGCAGGCGGCCCUCAACCAGAUCCUCUCCGAGACCCUGCCGCAGCCGCUCUGCAACCUCGCCCCCGCCAGCGUGCACGAGUACGCUGGCCAGCUCGCCACGUCGUCGUCGGACGCUGCGGCUGUCGCGGGCGCGGGCCUCGUCAACGGCGCAAAGGCGAGCUUCGGAAGCGCCAGCGCGGGCCUCUCAAAGGCGGGGGCGGGCGUGAGCAGUUUCGUGGAUGAUAUUGUGUGACACGAGCGCAAGGUGGCACACGGCACACAGAGCUCGUUUAGAUAGGACAAAAAUCUUUUAC